CCGCGCGCUCCCGGCUGUGGAGAUGGGAUUUGUGGGAAAAGGGCCCACACGGCUGUUAGAGACUUUAUUGGGAGUUAGAACCCCAAGAGCCAGCCCCGCGCCUGGCCAGGGGCACACUGCUUUGUGGCAUUUCUCCACCUGUUGCCCUGGGGCCUUUCGAGCCUCCCCCCUGACCCCCUCUGAGGGCAGCCAGCUCAGGCCUGUCCCGGUGCCUGCCCGUGAGUCAGGGGCAACGCAAAUUUUUAACCAGACACAUUGAUGAUUAACAGUGGAUAGGAAGGAGGCCAGAUUCGUCCUCAGCCGACAACGCAGAGUAGCUGGGUCCUGGGCGUCCCACAGAGAUGCUGAAACAUCGGCUGUGGUCCUCUGUGAGGCAAGGGCUGGGCAGAGGCUUGCCCAGAAACGUGAGGGGCUGGGCCUCUGGGCACGGGAGGAAGAUGGACAUCGCAGGCAUCUACCCACCUGUGACCACCCCGUUCACGGCUACCGCGGACGUGGACUAUAGGAAGCUGGAGGAGAACUUGCAGAAGCUGGGUACCUUCCCCUUCCGAGGCUUUGUGGUCCAGGGCUCCACCGGAGAGUUCCCCUUCCUGACCAGCAGCGAGCGCCUGGAGGUGGUGAGCCGCGUGCGCCAGGUCAUACCCAAGGACAAGCUCCUGCUAGCCGGCUCCGGCUGCGAGUCCACUCAAGCCACCGUGGAGAUGACUCUCAGCAUGGCACAGGUUGGGGCCGAUGCCGUCAUGGUGGUGACCCCCUGCUACUAUCGUGGCCGCAUGGACAGUGCCGCCCUCAUUCACCACUACACCAAGGUUGCUGACCUCUCCCCAAUUCCUGUGGUACUGUACAGUGUCCCUGCCAACACAGGGCUGGACCUGCCUGUGGAUGCUGUGGUCACGCUUUCCCAGCACCCGAAUAUCGUGGGCAUGAAGGACAGCGGUGGUGAUGCCACCAGGAUUGGGCUGAUUGUGCACAAAACCAGGAAGCAGGACUUCCAGGUGUUGGCUGGAUCGGCUGGCUUCCUGCUGGCCAGCUAUGCCUUGGGAGGCAAGGGGGGCGUGUGCGCCCUGGCCAACGUGCUGGGCGCCCAGGUGUGCCAGUUGGAGCGGCUGUGUCUCACGGGACAGUGGGAAGAUGCGCGGGAGCUACAGUACCGCCUCAUUGAGCCCAACUCCGCGGUAACCCGGCGCUUCGGGAUUCCGGGGCUGAAGAAGAUCAUGGACUGGUUUGGCUAUUACGGAGGCCCCUGCCGCGCCCCCUUGCAGGCGCUGAGUCCCGCGGAGGAGGAGGCACUGCGUGCAGAUUUCACCAGCAACGGCUGGCUCUGAGAGCAAUCGGCAUGGCACACCA